AUGGAGAACUACGUGAUCGGCGUGUACGGAGAGAGUUUUCGCCCUGUUCUUCGGUGGGCAGCCGAAGCCGAACGCCCCGUGACGAUCGAGGGAGCUCGGGCGGUGCACGACGGAGUUCCAGAGCUGGAGACCAAGGUCAACCAGCUGUACGCGGCGCUGAUCAGCACGACGGCGGACGGCAGCGAGAGCAACGACCUCGUGACGGGCGCCCCCGACGGGAACGGUCUCGAAGCCUGGCGGAAGCUCCACCGCAGGUGGGAUCCGACGACAGGCCCGAGGAAGAGGCUGAUCCUGAGGUCGAUCAUCUCGCCUCCGAAGUGCAGCGCGGACGAGCUGGGGUCCGCCUUAGAGAAGUGGAUCCAGCAGAUAGGCAGGUACGAACGCCGCCAAGGAGAAGAUGGUCUGGCCGAGCUGCCGGAGGAUAUCAAGAUGGCGGCCCUCGAGAUGCUCGUGCCUCAGGACAUCGAGAACCACCUCGUACUCAACAAGCAUCGGCUCGUAACGUUCCAGGACAGUCUGAACGAGGUAAUGACGAUCGUAGAGGCUCGGACCGGCGUGAAGAUCAAGGAGCCAUCGAUCCGUGCGCGGGCGCAUCAUCCGGACGACAUGGACGUCGGAUCGUUCGGAGCCCCGAAAGGCAAAGGCAAAGGCAAGGGCAAGGACGGCAAGAGCAAAGGGAAAGGCAAGACUCAGGAGCCGAAGGGGAAGAGCAAAUCGACGAACGGAUCAUACUCAGGGCGCACGGCACCUCGAAGCACCAGCGGGCGCUUCGACGGCUACUGUCGGAACUGCGAGAGAUGGGGCCACAAGGCAUCCGACUGCUGGAGGAAAGAGCAGGGAUCGAGUACGAGGGCUGGAACUGGAUCCGCAACGGGGGCAAGCGCUGGUGGUAAAGUCGGUAGCCGCGGCGGCAAGGCCGGCGGCAAGGCGGCAGGCAGCCUGGAGGAGGAGCCUGAAGCGGAGGUCGCCGCUCUGGACAUGGGCAGCUUGGACUGCCUGGAGCUCGCCAGCGGCAGCGGCCGCGGCAUAGCGGCGGUCGACCUCUCCCCCUUCGCGCAGGACGACUGGAUGAAGUUCAACUGGGACAGCGGUGCAGCUAUCUCAGCAUUCCCUCGGAGCUUCGCGCCGCCGACGGGAAUGAAGGGCAACGGCAGCACGUAUCGUACGGCCAGUGGUGAGCUCGUCCCGGACGAGGGCAGCUUGCAGCUCAAGGCGGAGGACGAGUACGGAGUGCUACGAGCACUCAAGGGACGCGUGACGAACGUGCACAAGCCGUUGAUCUCGGUGGGGCAGGCAGCAGGAGCUGGACAGUGUUCAUUCCUGGGUCGCAAUGGCGGCUGGAUAUUCCACGAGAAGAGCCCAAUCGGCAAGCGCGUGGUAGGCAUGCUCGAGAAGGAGGCGAAGGCGGCGAAGCACCAGAUGCUGCCGGUCUAUCGCGAGCAGGGCGUCUACAACUUCUACCUCAAGAAGGGCCAACAUGGCUCGGUUGCUCCUCUCGAGGAGGGACUUUCGGCGAAGUCGAAGUCCGAGCUAGUGGAGCUCCUCAGCGGCAAGUCGAAGGAGGAGCUGCUGGAGAUCCUCGAGAAGACAGACGACGAGACGGCGGUGCCGGUGGUCUCGUCCGACUACGCCUUCAUGGGCCAGGACGACGCGGACACCAUGCCGAUGCUGGUACUUAGGGAUCGGCGCUCGAAGAUGAUGGCAGCGACAUUCGUGGAGAAGAAGGGCGACGACGCCUACGCCAUCAAGUUCUUCGCACGCUUCUUGCGGAUCCUGGGCUACAGGAAGAUCGUCAACAAGUCCGACGGCGAGCCGGCGAUCCUGUUGGUCAAGAGGCGUGCGGUGGAGGAGGUUCCUGGCCUCGAGGCCAUUCCCCAGGAGUCGGCACCGGCCGAUCAUCAGGCCAAUGGGGAGAUCGAGGUCACGGUGCGCGAGAUUAAGAAGCAGGUGCGGGCGCUCAAGAUGGACCUGGAGUCCAAGCUGGGCGUCAAGGUGGAGGACAAGCACCCGGUGCUAGCGCACCUGCCGGAGCACGCCGCAUCGGUAAUCAACCGAUACCGGCGCGGCCAGGAUGGCAAGACCGCUCUCCAGCGGCUCACGGGACGGCAGUGGAGGAAGCCGGUCCCGCUCUUCGGCGAGCGCUUGAUGGCGCGGUUCGCCGGGGAGCGCGCGAGGAAGAACGCGCUGGAGGAGCAGAUGGUGGAGGCUCGCUACAUCGGCCACCACCCGCGCGACGGCUCGAUGAUGGUCAUCACGAGCGACGGCGUGAAGAAGGCGGUAGGCUUUCGCAGCCUGCCGCAGAGCGAGAAGUGGAUCACGGCGGGCUGGGAUGGCCUGAAGGGCCUGCCGUGGGACGUGGCUCCGCGUGCGGCAAGCGCGCCGCGGGCCAUCGUCGGACCUGGAGAGGUCGGACCGCCACCAAUUGUGGUGGUGUCGCCGCAGCCGCAGGCGCCGAGGAGGAUGUACGUCCUCAAGGCGGACGUCGAGCGGCUGGGCGCAACGCCGGGAUGCCCAGGGUGCGUCUCGAUCGCCAAGCACGGCCGGGUGCUGGCUGGCCACGCGCACAACGCGGUGUGCAGCAAGAGGAUCUUCGAAGCGCUGGACGCGGAGGAGGCAGGCCGGGAAAGGACCGGCCAGUAUCGAGAACGGAGGCAGGGCCAAGAGGCCAGAGUCCGACCAGCGGCAGCGGCCGCGGCAGGGACCCCUCCGCCGAAGACGGCUCGGAGGAUCACCGAGCCGGUGGCAGCGGCGGCAGCGGCAUCGGCCGCGCCGGCCGCGGCCCGAUCGGCAGCAGCGCCAGCCGUGGCAGCCACAGCGGCGCGCAUGCGAGAGAGCCAGCCGGUAGCACCGGGCUUCGGCGUGGCGGCUCCUUCAGGAGGAGCGAGCUCCAGUUCGGGAGCGGCGCGAGCGGCAGAGGCCGCCGCGGAUGUCGACAUGACCGCGGCCAGGUCGCGGCUGAAGCGCUUGGCAGAGGUGGCCCCGGAUGACGUGCCGGAGGCCCUCGAGCGCGGUGAUCCACAGCCGGCAGACGUGCCGGUACCGGUGGACAUGGAGGAUCUCGCGGCGCAGCCGGCGCCAGCGGAAGGACCUCAGCUGCCAGCUGGAGUGGCAGUCGUGUGGAACGCCAGUGAGGGGAGGCACAUGCGGGUGCUCGCCCUCGAUAUGGCGUCGAUCGAGCUGGUUGAGCUCGGAGUGCUGACGAGAGCGAAGGCGGAGUUGCUCCCGCUCGUUCGCGAACAGGUCAGUGGCCAUUGGGCCAGCGCCGGCGUGGACAUCGCCGACGAAGAGGUGGACAGCAUCGCCCUAUCGGCGUUGCAGCUGGGCGCCGUGGACGUGGCCGAGGUGUACUCGCCACAUCGGUUCUCGGCUCGGGCAGCGGAAUUUCAGCUGCGCCCGGGCUUCGCGGCGGACCUGGAGGAACUCAAGGAGGACGGGGCGCCGUGGGACUUGCGGCGCCCCGAGGAUGUCAAGGAGCUCGAGAGGCAGCAGGAGCGGAUGGAUCCCAUCCUGCUCACGGGGUCCCCUCCAUGCGAGAAGUUCAGCUUGCUGAGGGGCCUGAGCGCCAAGUUCAGGACCGAUGAGCAGGAGGCGGCUGAGAUGGAGGAGGCCAGACACCACCUGAAGGUGGCAGUCGACGCCUACUGGCGUCAGCUCAGGAAGCCAGGCAGGUACUUCCUGCAUGAGCAUCCCUGGAGCGCGCGAUCGUGGAAUGAGGACAUCGUCAAGGAGCUGGUCGCGCAUCCAGGAGUCUUCACGGUCAAAGGCCCCAUGUGUCGGUGGGGCAUGAAGCUCACGAACCCACGCAGUGGUCAGGAGGAGUUCGUGCGCAAGGAGACCGGAUGGGUCACCAACCAUCCAGGCUUAGCCCGGAGGCUGCAGGGCACUUGCAGCAAUGUGGACGGCCGCGCGGAAUGGCAUCGCCACAUCACGCUCGUGGGCGGCAUCGCGCGGUUCGCGAAGGUCUAUCCACCGAAGUUGGUAGAGGCGGUGCUGGAGGAGCUCAAGGACACGCUGGAUGACGUGGGAGAGCUCAGCACCGCCCAGGUGCAGCAGUCGGGCCCAGUCCCUGUGGACGCGGCAGUGCCGCCCGGGGACUGGACGAGUUACUGGGACGACGUCAAUGGCGGCUACCUGGAGGCGGGCCUUGUGGCCCAGGCUCGCGCGGUCGAGCGCGAGUGGGUCAAGAAGCAGGAGCUGAUCGAGAUCGUCCCGAGGUCUCAGGCUUUCGCCGAGACUGGGCGUCCGCCCAUCCCACUCAAGUGGGUCGACACGAACAAGGGUGACGCGGAGAGGCCCAACUACAGGAGCAGGCUCGUCGUGAAGGAGAUCAAGGCCAUGCGGUCGCUGGUCUCGCUGAUGGUCACGUGGACGCGGGAAGCACCGCUCCACAUUCAGGAGUCGCUUCGCAAGAAGGGCAGGAAGCCGGGCAACUUCAAGAUCGGCUUCUUCGACAUCAGCAGGGCGCACUUCUACGGGAAGGCGCAGCGGAGGAUCUUCGUAGAGCUGGAGGAGGAGAGUCGCAAGGAGUACGGCGAGGACAAGUGCGGCCUACUCCUCAAGUCCUGGUACGGCACGCAGGACGCCAGCAAGAUCUGGCAGGGCGACUACACGGAGCUGCUGGAGGAACACGGCUACAAGGCGGGCGUGUCGUGCCCAGCGGUCUUCUACAAGGAGGUGGACGAGACGAGGCUGCUGGGGCACGGCGACGACUUCGCGGUGCUGGCUCAGCAGCAGGACAUCGACAGCUUCGAGGCCACGCUGGGCAAGAAGUACGAGUUCAAGAAGACUGCGAACCUAGGCUUCGACGAGGGCGAUGACAAGCAGGCGGUCUUCCUGAAUCGGGUCAUCGAGGUCAGUGCGGGAGUUCCGCCUGGCGGUGGCCGGCCCUGCCGGCAUGCGAUGAUCGAGCCGGACAAGCGGCACGCGGAGAUCGUGAUCGACGAGUUGGGUCUCAGCAAGGCCAACGGCGUGGACACGCCGAUGGAGAAGCGCAGCGCCGACAAGCAGAUGAUGGAUGCGAAGUCGGCGGCGUUGGGAGCAGCGGAAGCUUCGCGCUUCCGAUCCCUCACCAUGAGGGUGGCCUACCUGUCUCAGGACAGGCUGGACUUGGCAGAGGCAUCAAAGACGCUCGCUAGGUCCAUGCAGACGCCAACGGAGGCGAGUUGGCUCAUGCUCAAGAGGGUUGGCCGCUACCUCAAGCGGCAUCCUAGCACGGUGACGGUUUUCACGGAGCAGAAGAUGUUCGACAAGAUCCGGGUGUACGUGGACUCCGAUCAUGCGGGCUGCGCAGUCACCCGGAAGAGCACCGGAGGCUUCGUGGCGAUGCUGGGGCAUCAUGUCGUCAAGCAUGGCAGUAAUCUGCAGUCGACGGUUUCUUUGAGCAGCGGAGAGAGCGAGUACUACGCCCUGGUGAAGGGCGGGAGCGUGGGCCUGGGCCUUCACAGCCUCUUCGCGGACUGGGGGCUGGACCUGAAGGUAGAGCUCGCCUCGGAUUCAUCGGCGGCCCGGGGCCACGUCCAACGGCGGGGUCUCGGGAAGAUGCGACAUGUUCAAUCACGAUACUUGUGGAUCCAGGAGCGCGUGGGUAAGGGCGACCUCUCGAUCGCCGCGGUUCCUGGUAAGAACAAUGUCGCGGACGUGCUGACCAAGAGAGUGUCGAUACUGUCCAGAAUCUGUCUCCACGCUUGUUUUCUCCCACAAAGCCUGUUCCCUCCCGUGUGCCCUGUGCCGCCCGAGUGGCCGCCCGCGCACCUGGCGCCGCUGGAGGCCGAGCUCAACUCCGUGGGCCAGCGACUGGCGCGCGCGGAGCAGGCCGUGUGGAACCUCAGCGUCGGCGUCGAGGCGUUGGUGGGCGGUCCUGUCUGCCCGCUCGAGAGGCCGCCCGUCGAGGUGGUGUGCUUUUCGGCCGUGGAGUCACCGCCCGCGGAGGACAGCGAACUCAAGGGGUGGGCUAUCGCAGCCGUGGGCUUGGUCGAGAGCGGGUUGGGCCUUUUUCUGUGCCGCCGACGAGAUGGCUGUUGCCGCCAGCGAGGAGAUGAGAUACCGCACAAGGGAAGGUGGCCGGAGCUGCGCCUGGCGGACGGCUCCGCCGUCGGGGUGCAGGCGUUCUGCAGCUACCUGCUGCCAGGCGACACUGUGGCCUUGUGGUAUGAUGACGAUGACGUCUGGCACCAUCGGACUCUCAUCUGCCCCAUGUCGCUGACCGUGUGGUACGCCCUGUCGCUUGGUGGAGACUGCAGCGCCGAGAACAUGGCGUGCCAAGACCCCGAGGGCUGCUCGCGAGCCUUUCGUAUCGAUCGUGAGGGAGGUCGGCCGCCGGUGAAGGAGGGCAAGUUUUACCAGCCGUCCGAGGAGAUCAGCGCAACGAACUGA